AUGGACGGGCGAGAUCGUGCCCCAAUCAGAAUGUUGUUCGUUCUCGUACCACUGUGCUUUCUUCUGAUCAACGUGGCGGCUGGGAAUAGAUGCCCUACCUACACCGCAAGGAAAGAGUGGUACUCGAGCUUCAACGAGUUCCUCAACCCAGCACUGGAAUGGGACCCAGGACUUUCCAGUGACGCUUGUAACGAAGCAAGAGGUAUUGUAGCCUCUAAUGCACCUCACAAAUUCAUUGCAGAAAAGACGUUCGCGAGCGGUGGAUCAGUCCCAGUCAUGAUUGGAGAAACUCUAAUGGACGGGUUGCAAGAUGAAACACAGACAGAAAAUGUACGCAAUCUUCCUCCACACACCAAAUAUGGAUGCAACAGCUACUUCGAAGGGAACCUAGUAAAAGUCGUCUGUGUCUACAAGUGA